CCCUCCCACAACACACGGACUUCUUUUCUUGUUACCUCUCUUUUUGACACUCAAACUUGGCAAAGACCAUUUGCUUGUAAGCAAAAUCAACAAAGAACAAAUCGCGAAACCAGCAGACACGCUUGUUUACACGAUAUCAGCUUCCUACUACCCCGCCAUACCCAUUUUCUUCUAACCGAUCCAACUUCACACAAGUCGCCAUAAUGACAAGUGUAGUGGGUGUUGAUUUCGGUACCCUUAACACGGUCAUCGCCGUUGCCAGGAAUCGUGGUGUCGAUGUUAUCGCAAACGAAGUUUCCAACCGCGCCACACCAUCCCUGGUGGGAUUCGGCCCCAAGUCGCGAUACCUCGGCGAGUCUGCGAAGACACAAGAGAUCUCCAACCUCAAGAACACUGUCAGCUGUCUGAAGCGUCUGGCUGGCCGUUCUCUCAAUGAUCCCGAUGUCCAGCUUGAGCAGGAGUUCAUCUCAGCGCCCCUGGUCGAUGUCAACGGCCAGGUUGGCGCCGAGGUGUCCUACUGCGGCAACAAGGAGAAGUUCUCUGCCACGCAGCUGUGCGCCAUGUUCCUGAGCAAGAUCAAGGCCACCACCUCCGCCGAGAUGAAGCUGCCCGUUUCCGACAUCGUCCUGAGCGUUCCCGCCUGGUUCACCGACAUCCAACGGCGCGCUCUGAUUGACGCUGCCGAGGUUGCGGGCCUGAAGAUCCUUCGUCUGAUGAACGACACGACCGCCGCCGCCCUGGGCUAUGGUAUCACAAAGCUCGACCUGCCCGGCCCUGAGGAGAAGCCCCGUCGCGUUGCCUUUGUCGACGUUGGCCACAGCAACUACACUUGCUCCAUUGUGGAGUUCAAGAAGGGCGAGCUGGCUGUCAAGGCUACUGCCUGGGACCGACACUACGGUGGCCGGAACUUCGACAAGGCUCUGGUCGACCACUUGCAGAAGGAGUUCUUGGGCAAGUACAAGAUCGAUAUCUUCUCCAACCCAAGGGCUGUCGCCCGUGUGCAGGCCGCUGCCGAGAAGACCAAGAAGAUCCUGUCCGCCAACCAACAGGCCCCUCUCAACAUCGAGUCCCUCAUGAACGACAUUGAUGUCUCCGCCAUGAUCACCCGGCAAGAGUUUGAGGCUCUUAUUGAGCCCGUCCUUAACAAGACUGCCGCACCCCUGGAGCAGGCUCUGGCCGAUGCCAAACUCACCAAGGACGACAUCGAUGUGAUCGAGGUUGUUGGUGGCGGUUCCCGUGUCCCAGCUGUGAAGGAGCGCAUCCAGGCCUUCUUCGGCAAGCCCCUCUCCUUCACGCUGAACCAGGACGAGGCCAUCGCCCGAGGCUGCGCUUUCAGCUGCGCCAUUUUGUCCCCGGUCUUCAAGGUUCGCGACUUUGCUGUCCAGGACGCCAUUUCCUACCCCAUCGAGUUCGCUUGGGAGAAGGCUGCCGACAUCCCUGAUGAGGACACCAGCCUGGUCGUCUUCAACAAGGGUGGCAUCCUGCCCUCCACCAAGAUUCUUACUUUCUACCGCAAGCAGCCUUUUGACCUCGAGGCCCGCUACGUCAGGCCCGACGAGUUGCCCGGCAAGACCAACCCCUGGAUCGGUCGUUUCUCGGUCAAGGGCGUUAAGGCCGCCAAUGGCCCUGAUGACUUCAUGAUUUGCAAGCUGAAGGCCCGGGUGAACAUUCACGGCGUGCUGAAUGUCGAGAGCGGAUACUACGUCGAGGACCAAGAGGUCGAGGAGCCGAUCCCCGAGGAGGAGACCAAGAAGGAAGAUGGAGAGAAGAAGGACCCUGAUGCUAUGGACACCGAUGGCAAGCCCAAGACGCGCAAGGUUAAGAAGCAAGUGCGCAAGGGCGAACUGCCGAUUGUCGCUGGCACAGCCUCUCUCGACACCAACGGCAAGAACACCUUGACUGAGAAGGAGGCUGCCAUGGUCAUGGAGGAUAAGCUCGUCGCCGAUACCGAGGAGAAGAAGAAUGAGCUGGAGACUUACAUCUACGAGUUGCGGAACAAGCUCGACGACCAGUACGCCGAGUUCGCCACUGAUGAGGAGAAGGAGAAGAUCAAGGCCAAGCUGGAGGCGACUGAGGACUGGCUCUACGACGAGGGUGACGAUACCACCAAGGCCGUCUACAUCGCCAAGAUGGACGAGAUCCGCGCCAUGGCCGGCCCCAUUGUGCAGAAGCACUUUGAGAAGGUCGAGAAGGAGCGACAAGAGGUGCAGGCCCGUGUCGACGCCGAGAAGGCUGCCAAGAAGGCCGCCGAGGACGAGGCUCGCAAGCAGGCCGAGGCCGAGAAGGCUGCGCAGGAGCCAGCAUCAAAGGCCGAUACGGAAAUGACGGAUGCUACUGACGCACCCAAGGCUGAGGUGGAGGAGGCCGACGAUCCUAAAUAAAUCAGCGGGCUCUAGCCUUCGAAAGUUCGACCCGGUUCCGCCCAGAUAGAGAAUGGCUGGGGGAGGGGGAGGACAGCAUUUGAUUCAUGACAUGAUGCACUAGGAAUACAGGACGAAUGCCAUAGAGGGAGGUCUCGAUGCACAUUUAAGAAUAUUCACACAAGAACGCGCGGCUUUCCGGUGAUGGUUGAAGGAGUGCAGGAAAAGAAAGGCUUCAUAGAAAGGGAUCAUGAUGGGGACAAACACCAAUUCUUUUCUUUCCACACUGGGUCUGCCUUUUUUUCCCCAUUUUUUCUUAUUUCCCACUUUGUCCUGUGUAUUUGUGAUUCGAUGAUGAUAAUUGAUGGCUCGAGUUUAGAAAGAGAGAGCUUAGAUUUGAACAAGGAACAUGACUAUUACUAGGC